UACUGUAACACUUGUAGAAGACAAUGGUAACGCUGUGUUGGAGUUCGGUCUGUCUUUGUCAGUGCACAAGCUUGUUUAAAUGGAAACCUUUCCUGGAAGGUUUAUCUAAACUUUUUAGGGAAUUAGUCCACGAAGAAGCCAUAAAACAUCAAACAGGAGAGCCUAGGCUGAGAUAUCUGCAGGCUGGUCCAUACAAUAACUUGUAAAGCUUGGAAAUCUACAUGGAUGGAAACAAAGAAGCCUUUUCUCUUCCUUUUAAGGAACUGAAGGUGUUUGAAAACUGUACUUCAGAGAAAGAAAAAGAAUUACAGGAGUGGUUUAUGUAAAUGUGGGAGCUGUUUUGUUCAUCAUACUCAGUUACUGGAGAAACAAGUAUCAGAGUAAUUAUGUGUGAGACUCACUGGAGUCAACAUGUAACUUGCAUAUUAUAUAGCUAUAGUUAAAGUAUAUGUCAGUCAGGAAAAAAACACCCAGCUCUUACAAUUCUCUUUUUAUCUGCUAACCCAGCUGGUGCAGUGAAGCAAAUUGCCCCAUAUCCGAUAGAGAUUGGGGGUUAGAGGAGCGCUUGCUGGCUGAGUUUCAGUGCUGAUAGGACAGGUAAUGUUGGUUAGUUGGGGGAAGCAACUAGAAGCAAUUAUCCGAGCCCCCUUGAUAAUGAGAGAAAGACUAUAUAGCCUGGAGGUCAAGGCACUCCCCUAGGAUAAGAGAGACCCAGUUCCAGAUCACUGCCAAUUGACAUUUAUACAAAGUGGAACAGCUCCAAGAGGAGAGAUUGAGAGAGCUCCCAAGCAGGCAGCAUAUGAACCUAAGUCUCCUACAUCCCAGGUCGCUGUGAAAACAGGAAACGAUGCUGAAGUUUUGGUAUUUUUUCCUCUUGUUACAUUUGCUCAUCCAGCAGCUUGAUGCUAACCCUGGGCUCAAAGUGAGGAUCACACAGAAAGGACUGGACUAUGGCAAGAGGAUCGGGCUGGAGAUCCUGAAGCAAAGAAUAAAAGAAGAAAGCUUCCCAGAUUGGAGUGGCCAGGAGAAAUCUGGAGUUGGCGAUGUGGACUACACAAUUUCAGGGGUAAGAAUUAACACCAUUGAAUUCCCAGAUGCUUCCGUAUCCCUCAUACCUGGGAUUGGGAUUAAACUAUCAACUCAACGUGCUUACGCAACCCUCAGUGUGAACUGGAGCAUCAGGACCUGGUUGUUCAAAGACAGCGGAAGUGGUACAGUGUCCAUUUCAGGAGUAUUUAUUACAGCAGUCUUUACCAUGUCACAAGAUAGCACAGGUCACCCAUCAAUGUCACUGGAUAGCUGCCAGAUGAGUAUUAGGGGUGUGGAAGUCAAGCUGAAUGGAACAAUCAGCUGGCUCUAUAAAUUCUUUACUAAAUACCUGGAGAAGCCCAUUCAAAGGAGCUUGGAUACACAUUCAUGUCCAAACAUCAGACAAGGGAUCCAGCAGAUUGAUGCACAGCUCAGAAUGCUUCAGGUCCCAACCCAGAUCGAUGCCUUUGCCCAAAUAGACUACUCCCUAGUUAACUCUCCAGGAGUCUUCCAAUCAUACAUUGAUCUGGACUUAAAGGGCGCAAUCUAUCCAGUUGGAAAUUGGACUGACCUUGCCUUUGUACCAGCUCCCUUCAUUCUCCCAGACAAAAGUGAUUCUAUGCUUUACUUUGGCAUCUCUGAGUAUUUCUUUAGGUCUGCCUCGCUGGCUUAUUACACAGCAGGGGCCUUCAACAUCACCAUCGUAGAAGAGCUUUCCAGUUAUUUUAAUGUAACGACGGAGACAUUUGGCAGCAUCAUUCCUGAGAUUGCCAAGUAUUAUGUAGAGGCACGGCCCGCAAUGUUGAACCUGAGGGCUGCUGCUGCACCUGUGGUCAGUUUACAGACAGACACCUUUACUCUAGAAAUCUGUGCCACCAUGGAGGUGCUUGCUGUCCUGCCGGACUCAACCACCCAAUCCAUCUUUACAGUGAACAUAAUAGCGAACACCAGUGCCAGUCUGACUAUAUUUGAACAGAAGCUGAUUGGCUCAUUAUGUCUGAACAGAUUCCACCUCUUCCUGGCCGACUCCAGUGUUGGGUUCUUUGAGGUCUCACUUUUGGACAAUUUCCUGUCUUACGUUUUACGGAAUGGAGUAAUCCCAGCAGCCAAUGCUAAACUGAAGAAGGGAUUCCCUCUUCCUAACCUGGACCAAAUUACCCUCCUCAGACCUGUUGUUAAAGUUAACGAGGGUUAUCUGCUGAUUUCCACUGACAUUGACUACAAACUCUAAGGAAGGAGAGCUCAUUUGGAUGAUCAGGAAGUUCCCAACCAACAACAAGACCCUGAAGGCUGAACACUGUCCCUUUGUUUUUAAAUUAAAAAAUUCUGGAAAUGAAUGAAGUCUUCCCACUUCUGCUCUGAUUUGGGCAAAAAGCCAAAAAGAAAGAGGGACUUGACUAGCAUGUAUCCAGCAGAGAACCAUGUAAAAAAUAUGUUACAGUGUGUGUUUUUGUGGUUAGGUAGGGGAAGUAUUUGUUAUUCAGGAGUUUGUAGCUGCUGCAAAAGUGACUGUUUGUAAAGGUUAAAGUCUCUCUGUUUAAGUAAAGCCUUUUCUAUAUACUUCCUGGGAAGCUCAAUAUUCUUUAGAAAAAAGGAAGGAUGUAUGCCACCAAACUGCAAACACAGCAAUCAUUGGCAGCUGCUUUAGGGUCUGGUUGUAGCAUAAACUUCUUAUUCUGCUUCCAGCUGAAUGCAUCUGUUGUGUUUAAUAUGAAGUGGGAGCUAUCAAAAAGUGCUUCAAGCUGAAAACACUUUUGGUGCCUAUGAGGACUAAAAUCUUUUGAGUGCUGUGUGAAAGGAUUUCCUCAGAGUUUGAUCAGGGGGGUGGACCAAGUGCCAUUGCUCUUCUGAGUGGUAUUUCAGGACAGGGACUACCCUGAUGUCUUUUUAGUUAUAGUAAGUGGGUACCCAAGAGGCUCCAGAACUAUAGAACUUAGAGCUGAAAAAGACUCAUUAGUCUAGUUCAUGCUCCGACAAUACAGAAUUAUUCUUUACACUUUCAUUAGUACUGUAUCCCUAAGUUUUAGAUAUGCCAAGAAAUGCAGCUACAACCACUUUUCUUGAGAAACUAUUCCACAAUCUCACUUUCAAGAAAUCUUCAUGCAAAAUUUUUUAAUGAUUCAUUCAAUUACUCCUAGUGCUAUCUACUCCUUGUUCCACCUGGAAGAGUUCCUAGCUCCCCUUGGCUCUUCAGCUUGCAGUGACAAAAAGGGGCUGUUGAAAGGGAAG